AUGGCCCUGGAUCUCCAGCAGAGAGAAGUGUUCGGCCUGUUCGUCGACGCCACUUUUCCGGGCCUCUACUACGCCUGGAGCACGCGCGUCGACGUAACUUUCAUGGACUUUGUUCGCCAACAGAGUGAUGCGCCCACCGACGCUCUGGUCUGGGGCAUUCGAACGCUGGGGACGCUGCACCUGGGUCAGCAGCACCAAGACAGCGACAAGAUCGCCUGCAGUCGCUCGAUGUACGGUCGUGGGCUGCGCUCUCUAGCUCGUUUACUCCAACACCCGACAACAGUUAAAUCCGAUCGCACCUUGGGUGCGGCGGUUCUGCUUGCCAUCUAUGAAAUGCUCGAUGGGAUGGGCCACAAAUCCUGGCUUACGCAUUCGAAUGGCAUUGGCACCUUGUUCCGCUAUCGUGGUGCUGAGGCGCAUCGCGAUGGGUUCGGGCGCACGUUGCUGAUUUCUUUUCGGUCCUUUCUCAUUGCGGAUGCGCUGAUCCGUGGUGAGCCUUGUUUUCUGGCAGAGACCGCUUGGAGAUCUGUCAUCAAAGAUGCCGUCCGCACAGAAGGGCUGAUGGGGAAGGGGAGUGAGCUGGGUGAUCUGGUUGAAUAUGCGUUCGAGGAGAUUACUGUCUGUCCUGGGCUCGUUGCGUGGGCUCGCGCCAUAUCCACGACGAAAGAGGCUGAUGCACUGCAGCCGCAAUUAUUGAUGAAAGAAAUCGUGCGCACUCGAGGCAGGCUUGCCGACUUGCACGGACAGCUGGAGAUGUUGACUUGCACAUCUCUAGAUGACAAGGGUCUUGAGAAUAGACCAGAUCUGACUGGUCCCAUUCCAGUCGAGGUCAUCACAAUUCUGGCGCGCUUUUCUCUCAAGGGAUUGCAGGACUGCCCCGAGGUCUUCUGA